AUGAUUGGCUGGAGAAGUUCUGCGUUUUUGUAAUUCCUCUAAAAUCCAAUGCCCGGCUCUUAUUGGUGGCUGAACUCGUUGCAUCACGACGAUCAUGACGCGAGGCGUCUUCCUGCUUCCUUUAUUCGCGUCUUCAAGUGCAUCUUGGUGGAUGCGAGCGCGACAAAAGCCUGCGGUCCCGCUGGUGGUCGCCGAGACGGACAAUUUCCAGGUAGAGAAGAGGAGCGGCGCACAAGAGCUCACUCGCUCAAACACACACUCUCUCUCUCUCUCUCUCUCUCUCUCUCUCUCUCUCUCUCUCGAAACUACACCGUUCUUCCAGGCUUGGGAAGCAGUCCUAUCAAUCUUCAGUUUCACUCCUCCAAAGAAGCUCGGACCUUUCAGAUCUUCGUGGCGUCGUAGUUCUCAAGCUGUGUCCAGCUGGCAGGCUUUUCAAAUGGCGUAACAACAUUUCCAGUGAUGCCGGACCAUGACAACGCGUCCCUUUUAAUUAGACAAACUAAGAGAAGAAGAGUUGACAUUGGAGUGAAAAGGACUGCAGGUACUGUGUCUGUAGAUUUAGCGCAUAUAAAAGCAAGCAAUUUUAGUGCCAUGAAUCCCCACGGAGCUGAGCAGGAUGUCAACCGUUCAGUGGUGCAGCACACAGACAGCGAGAAGUCCAACGUGCUUCACAAGUUGCUGAAGCGUGCCAGCUCUUAUGAAGACACCUUGGUGUCCUUUCCUGGAGCGACCAUCAUCUCGCAGCUGCUGAAAAACAAUUUGACCAAAAACGGGGCAAACGAACCAGACUUUCAGAGCAAUGGCCUCUCCAGGUCGGGGUCCGAGAUCCACCAGGAGGACGCCUGCAGCACAUCGUCCCGGGGCAGUCCUCAGGAGUGUCUGUCCCCUUUCAGCAGGCCUUCCAUGGCACAAUUCGACAUCGAUCGGUUGACGGAUGAGCAUCUGAGAGCUAAGCGUGCCAGAGUGGAGAAUAUAAUCCGCGGGAUGAGCCACUCUCCGAAUGUCACACACCGUUUAGGUGAGGCCGAACGUGACGGGGCGCCCCAACCCCUAAGCCCUCGAGAGAGUUACAGGGAAAACAAACGCAAGCAGAAACUUCCCCAGCAGCAACAGAGUUUCCAGCAACUCAUUUCGGCUCGCAAAGAGCAAAAGCACGAGGAGCGUCGGCAUCUCAAGCUUCAGCUCGAGGACAUGCAGAAACAGCUCCGUCAGCUCCAAGAGAAGUUCUAUCAGAUCUAUGAUAGCACUGACUCCGAGAAUGACGAAGACGGAAACCUCUCGGAGGACAGCCUGCAUUCCGAUGGACUGGACAAUCAUAUCUCUGACUCGGUUACAAACCGCUCCGAAAAUGAGAUGUCUGACCUGGAUCCGGGACAUUUCUUGGACCAGGCCCAGGCCAUUAUUUGUGAGCAGACCAUAAUGACCGAUGGGGAGAAACCUAAACGGGAUGGCUCUCGAAGCAAAGGUCACAAGGCAAUGUCCAUGCACGCAGAAGGGAAACAACUAGCCGAAACACUGAAACAGGAACUAAACACUGCAAUGACCCAAGUGGUCGACACAGUGGUAAAGGUCUUUGUAAAAACUCCAUAUCCACUUCCUCAGGGCUUCCCGACCAUCCAGACACCCCCUGACCGAUUUGUGGUGAAUCGCGAGAAUCCGAACUUUCAUGCCACGAACCAGCGUUUACAGUGUUUCAGUGACGUCAUCAUUCCUAAUCCACUCAACUCGUUUAGCAAUAUGCGAGUCCCCAGCUCAAAUGACCAAACCGAAGCCCUGCCGCUAGUGGUUAAAAAGAACUCCACAGACCAGCCUGGAUCUCUACCCACACCCUCAAACCACCACCCCGGUCUUCACUCAUCACCAUUAUCGUCUACCAUGGCGUUUAGUCCUCCAUCCUUCCGACAUCCUUUUCCCCUUCAUAUUAUGGGUUAUCCUUUUCAAAGCCCCCUAGGUGCCCCGAGUGGGCCUUAUCCAAGCAAAGACAGGUCUUCUCCUGAGUCUAUGGACCUGUCUAGAGAAACCACUAGCCUACGGACCAAGAUGUCAUCCAGUCACCUCAGCCUCCAUCGUCCAAUCUCACCAAUGCACCCAGGAAACCCUGAAGGCCUUUCGAUAUCUCUCAUCAAAUCAGAAUGUGGGGACCUCCAAGACUUGUCUGAUAUCUCUCCAUAUUCAGGAAGUCAAAUCCAAGAAGGCUUAUCUCCGAACCACUUGAAGAAGGCCAAGCUGAUGUUCUUCUACACACGCUAUCCCAGCUCCAACAUGCUGAAAAUGUUCUUCUCCGAUGUGAAGUUUAACCGCUGCAUCACGUCCCAGCUGAUCAAAUGGUUCAGCAACUUCCGUGAAUUCUACUACAUCCAGAUGGAGAAGUUUGCUCGGCAGGCCAUAAACGAUGGCGUGACGGGCACGGAGGAACUAACGGUCAGCCGAGACUGCGAGCUCUACCGUGCUCUCAACAUGCACUACAACAAGGCCAAUGACUUUGAGGUUCCGGAGCGAUUUCUGGAAGUGGCGCAGAUCACGUUACGGGAGUUUUUCAAUGCUAUUGUGGCAGGCAAAGAUGUUGAUCCUUCCUGGAAGAAGGCCAUAUACAAGGUCAUCUGCAAGCUGGACAGUGAUAUCCCAGAGAUAUUUAAAUCUCCAAACUGUCUGCAGGAGCUUCUGCAUGAGUAAUUACUGGUAUUGCCUUGUCCUCAACAACAUCAACACCACCACCCGUCCCCUUCCCAAAUUCUGUAUGAAAAAGUAAAGUAGCAUUUAAUUUUUUUUUUAUUAUUAUUAUAAUUAUUACAGCUACUUUGAUGGCUGUUUGUGCUUCUUUGUCAAAAAAAAAACAAACAAACAAAAAGUCUAAUAGUUUUGACUCCAUUAAUCUUAGUCAGCUCUUUGCUAAAUUUACCACACGAUGGUAAUGGAUUAGAUGGCACCCAAGAAAUCCCUCUGUUUUUUUUUUGGGCCGAUUUUGUUUUCAAGGAUUGUUUUUAUGCCAGGAUGUUUGCAAAUGUGUGAUUAAGAACAUUUUUAGCUGUAUAAAUGUGAUUUAUUAUUUAUGAAUAAUAUAAUUAAUACUAUUAAUGUUAUUAAUGCUUGCAAAAACUCUUGUGGUAUUCUCGUUUCUCAUGGCAUUGCUGAAUAAAUUAUUCUUUGAAUAAAAA